AUGGCCCUGUUCGAGGAAAUCAUUCGCAUUAACCACGUUCGGGAUGGUGUCUCCAACGGCUUCAUGAGCAAGGAUACUGCGAGGUCUAUCGCAGAUAACAUCGUGAAGAAUAUCGAAGCCUUUGACGCCCGAACUGGCAGUCUUCUGCCUGUCAGCCCUGAAGAGUAUCUUAGUCUUGCAGUCGUCAAGUCGCUUGAGAGCUCAUAG